AGAAGAUUGAGUGGCAGUUAUUUGCAUCGUUGUUAUUGCUAUUACCAGCUUAAUUCACUUCACAGAAAAAAAAAAAUGGUUGCAGUGUUUUCCCUCGCAAUCGCAUUGCCGAAAUUGAAGGUCGUAGCUGAAGCUGAAGUUGACGCAUUCCCUUCCUUUCUUCCCAAAGACGUCAACAGAAUCAAAGACCCGUUCGCUCGAACCCUCGCCACGCGGAUUCAAAGACUUCCCGUAUCCAAGACAAACAUGCAUAUGUGGAUUUGAUUGGGUUUUUCCCAGUGGUGGGACGGAGUACCGGAGGUUUUACUGUUGGACACAGAUAGCCCUCAAAGCCGCUUCAAGCUAAGUGGUCAAAUAUGAGAAAACUUGUUGCGACAAUCAACAUGCUUUUAACACUUUUGGUUUCUCAGCACCAGAGACCGUAGAUCGUUUACAUAGAGUCCAAAGGUAAAGUUCUCUGAAAACCCCAUCAUGAGUAGUUGUGUGAAGCCACUGAUUCAGACUAAGGCAAAUCCAGUUGUCCUUUUACACGGUUUCGACAGCUCAUGCUUAGAAUGGAGAUACACAUAUCCAUUGCUUGAGGAAGCCGGUCUUGAGACAUGGGCCAUUGACAUUCUCGGUUGGGGAUUUUCUGAUCUAGAGAAACUUCCUUCAUGCAAUGUGGUAUCAAAGCGUGAACACUUUUAUCAGUUUUGGAAGUCCUACAUCAAAAAGGCGAUGAUAUUGGUUGGUCCAAGCCUUGGUUCUGCGGUUGCCAUUGAUUUUGCAAUUAAUCAUCCAGAAGCUGUGGAAAAGCUUAUUUUAAUGGAUGCUAGUGUAUAUGCAGAAGGGACAGGAAACCUAGCAACCUUACCUCGAUCGGUAGCUUAUGCUGGGGUAUACUUGUUAAAGAGCAUCCCGUUACGCUUAUACGCAAACUAUUUGUCCUUCACAAAUAUAUCUUUCAGCACCGCCCUUGAUUGGACUAAUGUGGGCCGCUUGCAUUGUUUAUUGCCUUGGUGGGAGGAUGCCGCGGUUGAUUUUAUGACUAGUGGUGGCUACAAUGUUACUUCCCAGAUAAAAAUGGUAAAGCAGAAAACGCUCAUAAUUUGGGGGGAGAAUGACCGCAUUAUCAGCAAUAAACUCGCAGUGCAACUGCACUGUGAAUUACCCGAUGCUAUCAUACGCCAAAUACCCGAAUGUGGUCACAUUCCUCAUGUUGAAAGACCUGAUUCUGUUGCAAAACUCAUAACGGAAUUUGUUGAGACGGGUACCAGGGCAGUAAAUCAAUGUGCUCCAUCAUUAUGAAGGUUCAGACCUUUUGCCAUUCUAUAUCUAAUAUAGAAAGGACAGAAUUUUUGGCCUUUUUUCCAAAAGAAGGAGUCUCAGUAAUGGAGCUUUGAAUGGUUAUCAAUUUAGUGGGUGGGGCUUUUGGUAGUGGAAUCAAUGAAUUAUAUUGGACAACUUUUUUAAAGAGAUUAUAAUUUAUAAAUUUCAAUUUUUUGAAAUUGUAAAAUAAUUCACAUCAUAUUUGAUAAGUCUAUAUACUUGAAUAGACAUUCCCAAGCUUAUUUUUAAUCGAUUCUAACUAUGAAACACAGAUAUCAAAUAGACAUUGAAAAA